AGAGCCACGUGAUACAAACACAUGAAAAACAAUGACAAUGCACGAAUCAUUCGUUGUUCAUACGAAGACUGUAAGUUCACUUCUUCCAUGAAUGUCCUAGAAGAACCACCCGAAUUGUCAUAUCAAGAACGAUGAUGAGAGUGCAAAGACAUCGUCCAAUAGGAGUCGAGUGGCUAGCUGACAAGUUGCGUCGGGGUGGAAAUGGGCAGGGAACAGGAGCUUGUACGCAUUCGGGCCGUGAAGUGUUGGUUUCGCGAAGGGGGUCAACCUUGCUGUCUACGUGCUCUUUCUCGUGUUAUUACUUUCAGCGAAAGAAUACAAACUCAAUUUUAAUGUAUCGCGCGUGCCAGUGUCUUAAGAUUAUUUAUAUGAGGAUCGUGGAGCGUUAGAAGAUGCUGGGAGACGAUCCGCCGUACCUAUCAGUGGGUACGGAGGUUAGCGCUAAAUACAAGGGUGCCUUCUGUGAAGCAAAAAUAAGGAAAGUGGUACGAUCAGUGAAAUGCAGAGUAUCUUAUAAACAAGGUUUGGGCACUGCAACUGUAGCUGAUGACCAGAUAAAAGGAACUUUAAGAGUAGGUGCAUCCGUUGAAGCCAGACAUGGAGAUAAAAAAGAAUUUGUGGAAGCUACAAUCACCAAAAUCCAGGACUGUAGUCAAUAUACUGUAGUUUUUGAUGAUGGAGAUAUUACAACAUUAAGGAGAACUGCGCUAUGUUUAAAGAGCGGACGACAUUUUGCAGAGAGUGAAACUUUGGACCAACUUCCUUUAACACAUCCAGAACAUUUUGGAAACCCAGUAAUUGGAGGUAGAAGAGGACGACGGUCUAGACAAGCACAAGAUGAAAGUAGCGACGAUGAAGACAGCCCUCCACGAGGAACUCGUGACUCAGGUUCCAGUGGCACAGGGAAGGAAGGUAUGGAAACAGAACCAGAAAUUGGACGGGUUGUAUGCGUGGAACUUGGAGAUAAAAAGAAAAAGGAUAAUUGGUUCCCUGGGUUAGUGGUUGCACCAACUGCUCAAGAUACAGUAAGAAUUCGAGUGAGAGAUGACUAUCUUGUGCGGUCGUUUAAAGAUGCACGAUAUUAUACAGUUCCGAAGAAAGAAGCCACUGAAUUCACAAAGGAACUUGUCAACAAAGUUGAGAAUAGCACAUUGAAGGUUGCAGUAGAAAAGGCACUGCUAUUUUUAGAGAAGAAUGAGUUGCCUCCCCAUUGGGAUAGAGAUUCUCUUUUUGGACACACUGUAUCAAGUGGAAAUAGUGAUUCCGAUGGAGAACUUGAUUCAGAUAGUUCAGAUGACGAACCGCGUGAAGAAAAAGAUCAUUUUGUGGCACAAUUGUAUAAAUUUAUGGAUGAUCGUGGAACACCUAUUAAUAACUGUCCAAUGAUCGGAUCUGAGGACAUAGAUUUGUAUAGGUUAUUUCGAGCCGUUUACAAAUUGGGUGGUUAUAAUCGCGUAACAAAUCAAAAUCAAUGGAAGCUGAUAACGCGCCGUCUAAGCUUUACAAUGCAAAAUUCACCAUCGACGCACAAUUUGGUUAAACAGGCCUAUAAGAAAUUCUUACACUCGUUUGAAGAUUUUUAUAGAAAAUUAGGUUGUACUAUGGUAAAUCAUCCGAGAGGUACUAUACGCAAACAACGUCCUGGUAGAAGUCUGAUUAGAGAUAAAGACAGAAAUACACCUGUACCACCACAAGUGACGGUAGCUAAAAGUGAGAAAGAAGAGGAAGAUAAGAAAGUAACAGAAGAUGAAAAGAAGGAAAAGAAAGAAGUAAAAAAGGAACAGGUGAAGGAAGAGGAAGUUGUCAAAAUAAAGAAGAAGGAUGAGUUUGAAGAAAGUGGCAGUGGGCAGGAGAGUGAUGUGAAUGUGGAAGGCGAGGCAGAGUCAUCCAGCAGUGAGAAAUCUCAAAAGAUUUCAAUGUCGUUAGCAUUGCAAAAUAGAGGUAAGUCUAAAAGUAAAGAAGAUUCUAAGAAAAAGGUAAUAGAAAAGAAAAAAAAUGAGCCUAAAAAACAAGAAAAAAAGGAUGAUAAAGCGAAAGAGGAGGAUGCUGCUAAAACGAGGUCUAAAUCGAAAGAUGAUACUGUAAAAAAAACAUCUUCUGAAACUAGGGAAACGCGAACUCCAUCCAGAGAAUCGGACAGAAAAACUUUAACCAAGCAGAGGCGUCUAACUGAUGAAGAAUUGAAAAGACGGGGCAGAAAGCGUAAAGAGUAUGAGGCAGAGAAGUCACGAUCCGAUGAACAAUUAGCAGAGUCUGCCCCUUGCUAUAAGGGUCCUGUAGAAUUAGGAGACAGAUUAAAAGUAUAUUACGGACCUACCCAUGAAUCGAAAGUCACGUACGAGGCGAAAGUUAUUGAUAUGGAGAAGGAUGGUACAGAGCCAAUGUAUCUUGUACAUUAUACCGGGUGGAAUACAAGAUACGAUGAGUGGAUCAAAGCUUCGAGAAUAGCACAGAACUUUACACAAGCGCAAGGUAGAGUGAAACGUGUUAAAGCUAGUUCACGGCCACAAACACCUAGUACGAAUUUAUCCAAUAAUGUGAACAAAUCAACGAAGAUUGUAUCUAACACAAGUUCGAAUGCAUCUCAAAGUCGUCGUCGAGCUCAGAGUGUAGCUCCUACGACGACGGUUGUCUCAUCGAUCACUAUGAAAGAGGUAAAGAAAGAAGAGAAGGAAAGGGACAAGGAAACAUCUCAACCGGCUAGGUCUACAACUCCUCUGUCUGUCACAAGUUCUAGCUCUAGAACUAAGAGUCCAGCAACUCCAGCGAAUAAUCGUCAAACUCGAACGACAAGAAACACUGAUGUACCUGGUAUAGAACACAGACGACGCACGAGGAGGACGUCUGGUCAUACAGAUAUAUCGAUUGCGUCGGAAACUGAAGAUAGCGAAGUGUACGAUUCUGACGCUACGGAACCUGAACAAACAAGAACUAAAUCCAAAGGUGUAGAAGAGAGAAAACGUAGGGAUGCGAAAUGUAGAACCGAGGAUAGAAUAAAACCUGACGAGACCAGCGAUGGUGAGGAAGAUAAAGAUAAUUUGGAAGAACCACGAAGAGGUAGGCGUUUAAGAAGAACGAUUGGUAAGUCACAGGGUAUAAAAUCUGAACCUGAUAGCGACGAGGAGCAACCUAAAGGUCGGGAUUUCGACUUGAAUCAGAUACGGUCGGAAUUAAAAGGUUUCGAUAAGGCAGUUAAAUUAGAGCUUGUCAGGAUCGAGCCAGAUCCAGAGGAUGAAAUAAAAAUAGAAGAAAAAGAAAAUGUUGUUUUAGUUUCACCGAAAUUAGAGAAAAAUUUGGAACCGAAAUUAGAAACCACUCCUGAGCCUAAGGCAACGGAGAGUACGGAGGAUAUAUAUGAAUUUAAAGAACCAGAACCAUUUGAAUUUGAAGUGCGCAAUAAACGAGAUACCAGCGGGGAAAAAGAUAAAGUAAAGAAAAGAGUAUUUGAGGAAGAACCAAAAAGUCCUAAAAAGAAGCAAAAAAUAAUUGUGUCGCCGGUUAUAAAAGAAAUUAAACCAGAAAUAGAUGACUCGAGGAAAAAACCGAAAAAAUUAUUUAGUAAAAGAAUUGAUGAUAUCACAGAAAAUCAAUCAAUUCACAAACCAUCGCAGUCUGUAUCUUCAAGUACGUGUGAGGAAGUAUUUGAUAAACUGUGCGAAUCACCAUCAUUUAAUCAAGUGAAAGCUGCUCCAGUUAUGGAAGAAACUGGUAAAAUAACUAAUGGUAUAGAUCUGUUAUUCAGUGACUUACCUGGCGAUGAUGAUGGCGCACACGAUGAUUCGGAAGAUCGAUUGAUAAUAUCAGAGGCAGAGGUUUCAGAAGCGGAACAAGAAAACUUAUUUUCGUAUCAACAAGAAAUGUUUUCUACUAAUGAGAUGACCGAUUCUUUAGAAUCGACUAAAGAAGAUACAAAUUCACAGGUUGAAACGGCAAGAGAAGAAUUAUUACCACCAGUUUCAAGCAAGUCUGAGGUAGUACCUGUAGAACAAAAACAAAGCAUUAAGAUGUCUCCAUUACACAGACAAUCCCCAGAAUUAAAACCGCUUGAUACAAAGCUAUUAGACAUUACACCGGUUUCAUCUCCAAUAGUAGCAGUACCAGCGCCAAUUAGUGCAAGACUGCCGGCCACAUCCACGAUAGAAGAGAAGCUUUCAGCGGCAAUGGCUUUCCGCAAUAAAAUCAAAGAAAUUAAAAAAGACGACGAUGUUCCCGAAGUCGUAUGGAAACCAUCAAAAGAAAUUCCUAAAAAAGUAGAUACCAUAGUUAUACAGAAGAAUAAAGAGGAACAGAAUGGGCCUAAAAUAGAUAUUGAGAACAAAAAGCGGGAGGAAGAGGAAAUUGCAGUAAAUAACGAAGAACCGUGUAGAGAAAUAAUGCGAGUGGUAAUCAAGCAGAAGGAAGAAGAACUCCAACAGUUGAAGUUGAAGAAAGAGGUAGAGCUGAAGAAAUUUGUUGAAACAAAAACAGAACAUAAAAAGGUACAAGAAACUAGCAGCGAAGAGGAAUGGAAGCAUAUUGAAACUGAAGAGUCCAAAAAAGCGGAGGAUGGAUUUAAAGAACAGGACUUUAAAGAAAAGGAAAAAGAAAAGCGUAAGAAGAUAGUUGCUCAAGAUAUUGUGGAUUCUGCGGAUAGUAGUGACUCUGAGCAAAGGCUGGUAAUUGAUAACGAAGAACCUCAAGAUGCAAAAACACCAACAAACUUCGAUGUGAAAUUAAGAGCAGAAUUAGAUAGACUUCAAGAUACGCAGGAAAGGUAUUCAAAAUUACAAGUGCAGAAAUCCGUACAACAAUUGAAACAUCAACAACAUGAAUGUGUUACCGAAUGCAAAACGGAGAGUAUAUCCGUUACAAAGGGUGACGAAGAAGGAGAAGCAAUCAGUUCUCUGUUGUGCGAGGAAGAAAUACCAGGUUCACCUGCACCUGUUUCUGAAAGUAUUGAACAAAUAAAUGCUGGCCCAUCGUGUUCCCCGCCAAAAGUUGAAACAACAGAAAGUAGUAUAGUACUUAUGGAAAUGCCUUUCGCAAGCGCUCCCACUUCAGGCCAAAGUACUACCAGCAGUACUGUUGUCACUUUGAGUAUGGCGCUGCCGAAAACUCUAGAGACAUCCGUUCCAGUUUCUUUGCCGAUGCAACCAAAUCCUACUUUAGGUGUGAGACAACAAUCGCAUCAUCAGCAUUUGCCUGCACUGAUGCCAGGCCAGAGGCGGGAAAGUAAUGAGGCAGCACCUGUAAUGGACAAUACACCCCCAACUACGCCGGAUUCUAGUAUUUCUAAUAUCUCUGGAUCUCCAAGAGAAGAAAGAACAGGUGGUUCGUCACCGAUUUCUGAAGAUAACAUGAAGUUAAAUCGUGAUAGUUCUGAAGCGGACAACGAUAGCGGUGGUAAAGGUCCUGCGUUUAGCGAAGAUGAUACAUUACCCAACGCUGAAGGAAACUCAGCGGACAGAAUGUUGAAGCCACCGGCGAAACGUUCCGUGGAAGAGACACAAUCUCCCAAAAAGCGAAAGAGAAAUAGAAAACAUUCAGAAUGUGAUAAGAAUACUUCAAAGAAAACUGGGAGGCAUAGUGGUAGGCAUGGUAGACACGGUGUUGGAAGCGACAGCGACGAUACGAGUGAGGGCUCGAAUUUGUGUAGCGUCAACUCAACAUCUGCGAAUCAUACGAAUAUUGCUACCACAGUAGCAGAUCUCAGUAAUUAUUCGUCGAGAUCGCCACGACCCACGAAAUAUAAUUUCUAUGUGGAAUUAGACCCUGAAUUGGAUGGAAGUCAAAGGAUAGCUGUGUUACAACAGAAAUUAGCUGAAUUACGUAAAACGUACAAUGCAGUAAAAGUUGAAUUGGCCGCCAUUGAAAGACGCAGAAAAAAGUUACGGAGAAGAGAAAGGGAAGUAUGGAAAGAAAACAACAUGAAUUUAUUUUCAGCUAUAAAGGCAGCUAAAGCAGAAAUGCAACAGGCCUGUUCGUGAUAAGCUGCCUUAAGGCAUCCUAUUUCACUUAAUCUGUGCUAAACAAACUUUUAUACAACACCAGGAGUUAAUAGAAUAGUAUCAUUGAGUGGAAACCCUGCGGUCACAGCAGAUUUCAUGACAAUUUUUACCUACCUAACAUCGUUUAGGUAACUUUUUCCCCCCCACUAAUAUAAAUUGUAGAUAUAGAUAUAAGAUUUAGUAUAAAGGAGGAACAUUUAUCAGAGUGAAAAUAUAUAUAUAUUCAUAUGUGCUUUGUGUUGUACAUUGUUUUUGUCAAGAACAUAAUGUGACUGUUAAAAAAAGGAAAUCUUUAUCCUCGAUUUGUCAUUUCACCUGCUCAGAUGCAAAGUACAAAUUAUCGAACUUGAUGAUCAUUUUCAUCGUUCAUUCUUGUUUUUUAAGGAAAAGGCUGAGAAAAACGUUACCGAUAGUAUGUUAUUAUAAAGACAUCUUGGGAACAAAUAAUUGUCUAAGCCGUCUGUCAUUUUCGUUUCGAGCAUAAUAGCUUGUAGCACUGUUGGCGGUUGAGCUGUUUUCAGGACGAUCAAAUAAAGACAACAUUAUGCAAGUGCGACUACCAUCAUGUAUUUCUUAGGAUAGAUGGAUUUUUGUAUAUAUUAGAGUAUAGUAACAUUCUAGUGGUUUGCAAUAUAUACGCGUAUACGUAAAUAGAAUUUUAGCGUCCUUACGAUCGAAAUGUUUUCUUUUUUUGUUUUUAAAUUUAAAUAUAAUAUUGCAAUUCGAUGUGGCCCUUAAAAGUAACAGAAAAAGCGAUUAUAUUGAAAGCAAUGUUCAUUUGUAUGAUAACAAAUAUGCGAAACGAACGAGUGAUUGUAUAUUGAUAUGCAUGUGAGAUAUAGCACAAUUUUUAACUUCUAAAAGAGGAAACAGAAAUCACUUUAAUUUAUGUACAUAAUUUACAUGAAUAAAAUAUAUCAUAUUAUAAUUGUUCCAAAUAACGAAACACUAAAGUUUAUUAUAAUUAAAUAAUUACAUUCGUACUUGAAGAAAACUUCCUUGACAAGAUGCAUAGAGGUCGAGUACGUUAACUAUGCAAUUGUCAUGAAUGCAGCUCAACGGGAUUCAUCAAUUUACAGCCUUUUGCAUUAUAUCUGAAAAAUUGCUGCCAUUGUGCUUUAAUCAUCAAAUAGGUAUUAGACGUUUAUCGUCGUAUAUCGUAAUUGGUCAAAGAUGCAUUUAUAUUUGUAUUUGGGUGUCAAUGUACCCCAGGUAUUACUUAAAAAAAAACAAAAUAACGAAAGAAAACAAACAAGAAGAGUUAAACUUAAGAAACAAGUCGCAGAAAAACGAAAUCAAAUACCCAGAAUGGAACUAAAUUUGUAUGAAGAUGUGUUGGCUGACAAGAGAAUGAAAUUUUAUAUAGAUAUAUAUUAUAUAUAUUUUUUUAUAAGAAAUCAGUUGUGUACGUGUAUUAUGAUAUCAGAAAACAUGAUCACACACUGAUUAAGGAAAAGAGGAAGGAAAAAUUUAGGAGUUGGAUUCUACAAAUCUUUGUACAUAUUUUACACUGUGUGUGUGUGCGGUAUGUAUGCGCGCGCGCGUGCGUGCGUGUGUGUGCUUGAACACUCAUAAAUUGGGUUUUAGUAGUCAUUUAUCGCACACAGAUGUAGCUAUGCAUAUUAUUGUAUAAUGGUUUCAGAAGUCUUGCAAUAGCACAUGCUAUAUAUUUGUCUUAAGAAGUUCUAAGGAUGUGUGCGACACUCAUUGUAAAUAUUAUGAAUUUGAUAAAACAAUAAAUUAAAAAGUGAAUCUAUUCAGUACCAUGAAAUCAAAGAUAAUUAAAUUAUAAAUAUUUAUAAUCAUUAUUUUGUUUUUAUUUCAUUUUAUUCUAUUAUAAGUGUAAUAAAAUUACAAUGCAAGUCUAUGAAUGUAAAUUUCGCUAUCAGACUAUAAUAACAGUUAUAAUGAUUUAGUUAUAUUUUAUAAAAUAUUUUUAUUUAGAAAUUUUUAUUUUCUAGGAUAAACAGUGUAAUAAAUAAAUGUCCUUAGUUUAGUUACACAUUAAACAUAUGUAAAUCUAUUACAAUGUUGUUAUUUUCCAUUGCAAUUACUUCUUUUUUUAUAUUCUACAUUUAAGCAGUAUGUAAAAUUAUUACAUGUGUAGUUUAAUCACAGAUGUCACAACUUUAUAUUACCUUUACGUAAAUAAUGCUUUACAAUAUACUUGACUUAAGGAAGCAAUAUUUCAUGGAUAGUAUUAAAAUCUUCCAGAAUUAUGAAUUAAUAAUAUUUGAGUUACGAAUACAUCCUUGUCUUCAUAAAACAAAUUUUCUUCCUGUAAAUCAUGAAUUACAUGUGAAAUAAUACAUAUAAUAAGCACAAUGUGGAUUGUGUCGCCAACAAGUAAUAUUGUUCCACGUAACAUUUAAUUGUGUUA